AUGACUCUCAGGGCCAUGACCUCAGGACCCAAGACUCAGGGCCAAGACCUCAGGGCCCAAAGACCUCCUGGGCCCAGACCUCAGAGCCCAAGAACUCUAGGGACCAAGACCUCAGGACCCAAGGACCUCAGGGCCACAAGCCCUCAGGCCAUAGACGCUAGGGCCCAAGACAUCAGGGCCAAGAUCCUCAGGGCCCAAGACAAUCAGGGACCUAAGUGA